GUGUUGCACAUAAAAGAUACACAGAUGCUAGAAUACAGGUUUACAUGUUUGGUAACCAGAUGAAACAGUCUGUUGUUCUAUUACUACACAGAAAAUUACAAAAUUGUUUUCAGCAACUAGAGAGUCCAAAAUAAAAUAGUCCAUCAAGUUCUUGUCAUAUUAAGUAAAGUAGAAUGCCUGCCUAUAACAGGAAAAUGUGAUUAGGAUUAAGCCGUGGAGGUAAAUUUGAGAUUGAAAAAUAUUUUAUAUACCUAUAUAUAGAAAACAAAUGCCCUUACCAACAAGUAAAGCAAAGCAAUUAUUGUCGCAUUUAUACACACACUAAUCCAUUUGACUGCUAAACUUCAUAAUAUGUAUACUUAAUUAUAAGAAACUUUCCAUGCCUGGAACAGAAUAUUGGCAUUUUGACUAAUAAAAACACUAUAUAAACCAGUUUGAUCAUCCUAGUCUCCACACAACCAACACUUUAAAACAGAAUCACCAGAACAAGAAUCAUGAAGAACUCUAUCAUGGGAACAGCUCUUCUGGUUUUGCUGGUUUUUGCCACUCUUACUUACUGCUUAGAUGCAAGAUUACAGGCUUGCCGGCCGAGUGGAAAAAUCAGAGGCAUAAAGCCACCUCCAGGGCAGUGUAACCCAGAAAACGACUCAGAUUGUUGCAAACAAGGCAAGACGUACACCACUUACAAAUGUUCGCCUCCAGUGACCGGUAAUACCAAAGCUGUUCUAACCCUAAAUAGCUUCCAAAAGGGUGGAGAUGGUGGUGGACCCUCCGAAUGUGAUAAUCAAUACCACUCUGAUGAUACUCCAGUUGUUGCCCUUUCAACCGGAUGGUAUAGUGGAGGAGAUAGGUGCCUCAACUAUAUCACCAUAAGUGCUAAUGGAAGAAGUGUGAAGGCUAAAGUUGUAGAUGAGUGUGACUCUACCAUGGGCUGUGAUGAUGAACACGAUUAUCAGCCUCCAUGCCCAAAUAACAUCGUUGAUGCCUCUAAAGCAGUGUGGGAAGCCUUGGGUAUACCUAAAGGUGACUGGGGAGAUUAUGACAUUACAUGGUCUGAUGCUUAGUGCAUCAUAUAUACUACUUAUUGUACCGUUCCAAUAUGAUGAUUCUGUUCAUACACACAUCACGAUUCAUGUGUAAUAUGUGGUGUAAAUAGUAAGUACUAAAUUCUCAUGUUUGUUGUUGUGAAAUUACAGUGUAAUGAAAUUCUGUCCAUGUCGACUUUUGAAAUAUAGUAAUAUCAAAGUCAUGCCAAUGAAAGACACAUGAUUCGUGAAAUCUAAACAGGACUUAGUUUAGUUGCUAACCUAAACCUACUACAAUUCGACCAAGAUCUAUCAAUGAAUCAACAAUGCCUCCACGCACUAGAAGCUUUAGUGAAUGAUGUUUACAAUCACAAUAUUGCAGCUACAGUAGGGCAACAAAAAAAAACAACAAUACAGUGAAAAUAAAUGUGUUUGAGAUACAACAAAUUCACAAAUACUCAAGACAAUAUAUCAGGUAGCAUCCUGCGGAGAGUACAUCAUAUGCAACUUCUUUAGCAUAAAUUGCAAGCUAU